AUGAAGUACAAAAGACCAGGAAACGGUAAACCAAAUGCACAGCAGCCCCAAGACACGGGCUAUCACUGCACCGUGUGCAAAAGCCGGCAAUUCAAGACAGAGCAGGGCCUAAGUGACCAUUUCAAACGUCAACACAGCAUCUUCCCAUGCCCUGACUGCAACGAGAUCUAUGCGGCUGCAGUUGAACUAGCCGAGCAUAGAUACUCAGCACACAACAAGGGAACCUUCAACAAACGAUACAGAGUAUCACCCAACAACCACUUGCCAACAGCCAAAGGCAACGCAACAAGCCGACCUAGGGCUGCUUCCUCGCCUGCCAUACCAGGCUUCCUUUCUACAAAGGUGUCUGUGCAUCUCCGUCUCCCACCUUCUCGCACCCGCUCAGCUUCACGCGCGUAA